ACCUGUAAAGUUUACUCACCGUUUGACGUCAUCUUUCAAUAAUUCAAUUUCAAGUUUCAUCUUUUUCCAAAUAGAGCAAAAAUACAUUUUAUUGUUUAUAAUAAACCAGAUAUCUUCAAUAACUAAUUAAAUCGCACCUUAAUAACUAAUAUGGCAGAUCCAAAAUACGAGAAUCUCCCGGGCAUAGCGUACGACCAACCCGAUGUUUACGAGACGGGUGACCUGCCCGAAGCAGAUCAACCGGAGCCCUACGAAGAGGAAGAAAACGAAUACAUCGAGCAUCUGCACCUGUCUGUAAAAGGAUCAUUCAACAAAUUCAAAGGCAAAUGUCUUACAGGAAACGUUGAUUUCUCAGAUCGAUUAAGUAGAAAAAGUCGCAUAGGGUACAGGGCUGGUGAAUUGGAGUUGGCAGCUCAGGGUGACCCCGAGUCUUCUAUUGAACGGUACAACAGGCUCCGAUGUGAGUUCUCUGAGCUGCUGGAGCAAGUCACUGAGCAACAAAACAAAGCUACUGAGAGUGAAAAGGAAGAACACUCCAAGCUGGCUGCGCAAAUCAACACAACAAAAAAACUUCUAGAAGAGCUCAAACUUGAAGAAGGGGAACAAAUUGAUCCUAAAGCUGAAAAGUUAAAAGAGUACCUGAGUGUGAACGGUAAGAAAAAGCACGGAGAGGUGGUCACCGCUCGCCUCAAGCUGAAACCGGAAGUGAAUUUGGCGCAAACUGCGAGAAUAGCUCAGCUUGAACAUAGGUUACACAAGUUAGAACAAGCGGCGGGCGUUAGGGACGAGGAAGCGUUUCGCAGACUGCAGGCGGCCACUGGAGAGGCAACACUGUGCGGCGCGGCGGCCACGUUGGCGGGGCAGGCGGCGCUGCUGCGGCCCGCGGAGCUGGCGGCGGCCGAGGCGCGCGUCACGUCGCUGCUCAGCAACGUGGAGGCGCUGAAGGCCGCCGUCAAACCCGCCGACCCCGAGCUGGAGGCCAAGGUGAAAGAGCUGUACAAACUUCUAACACAAAUAGAUGGUGUGUCACAUUCCGAAAUUUUGGAGCGAAUGGAGGCGCUUGAAGCUCUGCACAAUCAAGCCAGCAACUUUGGCAAGUCCCUGACGGAGUUGGAGACUCUCCAGAGCACCAUAGCGAGCGGCGUGCAGAACAACAAGGAGCUGCUGCAGGGGGUGCAGGAGGUGUUCGCGCACAACAUCGACAGCUUACAGAGAGAAAUCAAGAAGUUGGACGAGCGGAUCGGUAAACUCGCCAGCGCGUGAUAGCAUAGACAAUUAUAGACUGAGCUCAUACUACCGGAAGUCGCUCACAACUCAGAGAAUGUAUUUAUAGUCUGUGUUUUAAAACCAUGUCUCACUGACAAGAGAAUGUAUUUAUAGUCUGUGUUCUAAAACGAUGUCUCACACACUAGUGUUGGGUAGGACAUGACUUGAAAAAGAGUUUGUAAGUGUUGCCUCUUUUUUGUACCGGGGCAGUACAAUGUCCCACUUCAAAUGAGGCGAGGCGUACUGAAGCUUGGCACUACAUUUGAAUUUUGAAGUAACGAAUACAAAUGUCAUAUUUGAACUUUGUUUGAAGCAACGUGUACAAAUGUCAUGUUUGUACUAGUACAAUUAUAUAGCUUAGUAAUCAUAGAUUUACGAUUCGGUACAAGUAUUCUAUGUUAGUAAUAGUUUGUCUUACAUACUGAUAUUAAAUGCCAAACCUAUUUUUAACCUAUAAAAUAGAUCGAUUCACCUUGGUUAUUAUAUUUCAGUUUUUAAAUUAUUAAGUAAUUUUUAUUUUUAUAAAAUGUCAAUUGAAUAGAUCCAAAUUCAAAAAAUAAUAUUUCUAAACGCAUCGUAUACUAUUUCCGUCGCGUUAAGGGAUAUAGUACAAAAUUAUGACAGGACCACAGAAUGACGUCCCAUUCGACUUUUGUACUAGUGUCUCGCUUUCUCUCGCGUACGAGUAAAGCAACUACCGCGACAGAAAAUGUGAAGUAGUACAUUUUUAAAUGUUGAGCCGCUCUUACAUUGUGACGUCAUGUACGGGACAAAUGUCCUGCCUCUUGUAUGUCCUACUCAACACUAUCACACACUGACAUUUUUUUUUACGAAUGCUAAACAUGUAUUUUUUUUAAACUAUGACAAAUCAAAAAGCCUAGGAAUAGGAUCAAUAUCAUAAUUUUUGGUCGCAUUUCACAUCGCUGGGUAAAAAUGCUUUGGGGCAUGCGAAUUUUUUUCAGUGACAACAAAAGAUAGAUUCAUUGAAGAAUCACUUGCAGUCUCAAUAUUUCAUUAUGCUGUUGUAUUUUUAUCUGUCCACCUAGCUCAAUCCCAAUGUAGAAAAACGGCAUUCUGAAAACAUUAUACGGAUCCGCUAUUCAGAAUUCUAGUCAAAUCGAUAAAUCGCUCUGAAAAAAUCUAAAUAGAUAUAGUAUGCGCCAAACUUCUUAGUCCAGUUUGAAGUUACAACUCAUCCAACUAUGCAGAUAGAAUACAAAUCCGCUGGGAUGUUUUCAUAUACGCCUCGUUUUCAGAACAGACUCGCAGAUUAACGCAUACUAUAUGAUUGUGGAGAAUAAUUUGUAUGCAAUUUCGUAAUUGUAAAAAUAGCUUUUUAUGGCUUGAAAUUAAUGAAUUUAGUGAAAUUCCGGCAGUAUGAGAUCAGCAUGUUCAACUUUAGUUGGCUAUAAAUGAUUAAAUAUUUUAAUGAAACCCAAUUGCUGUUGAAAAUGAAAUAUGUAUGUACAUAAAUUGUUAUCACAUUUGAAAAUUAUACUUACCUUCACAAUUAAUAUUUUUAAAAUACCAAGUGACUAAUUCAGUUAACAAAGAUUUCAAAAUUAUAAAACAACAUAAGCUUUGUUUCACAUUAGUGAAAUGCUUGAGCUUAUUGAAAUCUUAGCUAUUUUCAAAAUAAGUAUUCUGUAAUCAAAUAUACCAUAUAGAGUUAAGGUAGACUGCUUAAUUAAUUUAUUUAAAUAUAAAGCAAUUAUAUAA